UCAAUCCUAUUCUGACUUCUUACCCUUACGAUUUGACUCCUUCCGAUAUAAACAAAUCGACUUGCGAGCGGGCUGCGCUACCGGGGUGAGCUCGUUGAUGCGGAUGCCCUUCUUCUACCGUUCCGAAAGACACACUGCCCAUUUUAUGCCCACAACAGGGGCGCAAGUAGCCUAAAUGGCUUCUGUCGAUUUAGGCGCAGAUACCGUUGAGCCUGACAACGAGGCUCGAGAGAUCAACAGUAAUGUCUCCAAACCAACGAAGCGCCAACGAUGGGCAACACAAAGAAUUGCCGGCUCAGGUGGAGCGCGAAAACGAGUCUCGAUAAUAGAUCGACUACAAAAGCGUCCAGAAGUCAAAGAAGAGAAGCAACAACCAGCCUCAGUCGACCUACCUCCUCCAUUACCCCAGAGUCCUGCAAGUCCAACGGCCCCGAGUAAUCGAACCAUCUACUUCAACAUCCCCAUUCCUGAGAGCGAGAGAGAUGAAGAUGGACGGCCAAAGAUGGAAUAUCCUAGGAACAAAAUUCGCACGGCCAAGUAUACGCCCUUGUCAUUUGUGCCGAAGAAUCUUUGGUUUCAAUUCCAGAACAUCGCCAAUAUCUAUUUCCUCUUCAUCAUUAUUCUUGGUUUCUUCUCCAUUUUUGGAGUCUCUUCUCCAGCGGUGAACACUGUUCCUCUCAUCGUCAUUGUCGUGCUCACAUCGCUUAAAGAUGCCAUUGAAGAUUUUCGACGUACCAUCCUGGACAACGAACUCAACAACUCGCCUGUAUAUCGUCUCAUAGACUGGACCAAUGUGAACUCGACCGAGGACCAGAUCUCAUUGUGGCGCCGAUUCAAGAAAGCCUGCACGAGAGCCACCGUCUCUACGUAUAGAGCAAUGAAGGCUCUGGUCCAACAGAAGAGUACUCCUCAACCGGCGAACGACAAUCGACGCGCAACCUUUAUGUCCACAAUAUCCCCGCGUGCCUCCUUUGCUUCUCAGCGUGACGAGGAGGCAAUUCAGAUGACCCAAGUCCGAAACUUCACUCCCGAUGCCCGACCAGAUUGGCCUCUUCCGGCUGCGGAUACAGACUACCGAUCUAUGCCAGACAAAGCUGCGGGAUAUCAGACAGCGGAUCAAGAUGCUUCUGCGACUCUUCCAAGGAAAGGCGGAAGUAUCGUCGAUAUGUCGAAGCAAACCCUCGGAAAAGCAAGAUUCAAGCGUGAUUACUGGAAGAAUAUCCAGGUCGGAGACUACGUCCGGCUAUAUAAUGGAGAUCAAGUACCUGCCGAUAUUGUCUUACUGUCAACGUCCGAUCCCGAUGGUGCUUGCUACGUGGAAACGAAGAGCUUGGAUGGAGAGACUAACCUCAAAGUUCGACAAGCGCUCCACUGUGGCCGUGAGGUUCGACAUGCCCGAGAUUGUGAAAAGGCAGAAUUUGUGAUCGAUAGCGAGGCUCCACACCCUAAUCUCUACGCCUACAAUGGAGCUUUGCGCUGGGACCAGCGUGACCCAGAUUAUCCGGCUGCGCCUCGACGGGAGAUGGUUGAACCUGUGACGAUCAACAACCUACUUCUGCGGGGUUGCUCUCUGCGAAAUACUGAGUGGGCUCUUGGUGUUGUUCUUUUCACCGGCGAGGAGACCAAGGUCAUGCUGAAUUCCGGAGUUACCCCGUCUAAACGACCAAGACUCGCCAAGGACCUGAAUUGGAAUGUUAUCUAUAACUUCGUUAUACUGUUCGUCAUGUGCCUCAUUUGUGGAAUCGCCAACGGAGCCGCUUGGGGUUCGCCUCAGAGGUCCCUGGAUUAUUUCGACUUUGGGUCUUACGGAAGCACCCCGGCUGUUACUGGUUUCAUCACCUUUUGGGUCGCAUUGAUUCUGUUCCAAAAUUUAGUUCCCAUCUCACUCUAUAUCUCCCUGGAGAUCGUUCGCACUAUCCAGGCUCUCUUCAUACAUAGCGACGUCUUCAUGUACUAUGACAAACUUGGGAUUUCGUGCAUUCCCAAAUCCUGGAACAUUUCGGAUGACGUUGGGCAAAUCGAGUACAUCUUCUCCGACAAAACAGGCACAUUGACUCAAAACGUCAUGGAUUUCAAGAAAUGUACGAUCAAUGGCGUGUCUUAUGGUGAAGCCUUCACAGAAGCUCAAGUGGGUAUCGUCCAAAGAGAAGGAGGCGAUGCUGACGCGAUGGCUGCGAAUGCCCGAAAGAGGUUGGCCGCAGACACUGUGAGGAUGGUCGACAUGCUCCGAAAAAUGUACGACAAUCCUUAUCUGCGCGACGAAAGCUUAACGUUCAUCUCGCCGGACUUUGUUGCAGAUCUGGAUGGUCACUCUGGCGACGCUCAGAGGAGAGCAACGGAGCAUUUUAUGCUCACUCUUGCUGUAUGCCAUACUGUGAUUACAGAGCAUACUCCGGGAGAUCCGCCUCAGAUCGAGUUCCAAGCACAAUCCCCUGAUGAGGCUGCCUUGGUAAGCACUGCGAGAGACUGCGGCUUCACCGUCCUCGGUAGGUCAAACGACGACUUAAUCGUGAAUGUGCUGGGCGAGGAAAGGACAUAUACUGUUCUUAAUACUCUGGAGUUUAACUCGACGAGAAAGCGCAUGAGUGCGAUCAUUCGGAUGCCCGAUGGGACCAUACGGCUUUUCUGCAAAGGUGCAGACAGUAUUAUUUAUUCACGCUUAGCUCCGGGCAAGCAACAGGAGCUGCGCAAGAAAACUGCAGAGCACUUGGAGAUGUUUGCUAGCGAAGGCCUCCGGACCCUGUGUGUCGCAGAUCGUGAGCUUAGCGAAGAAGAAUAUUUGGCUUGGAGCAAGGAGCAUGAUCUAGCAGCUGCUGCGCUCACCGAUCGCGAGGAAAAGCUCGAGGAAGUUGCAAGUAACAUCGAGCAGAAUCUUAUGCUUAUAGGUGGCACAGCAAUUGAAGACAGACUUCAAGACGGCGUUCCAGACACCAUCUCUCUACUUGCUGAUGCCGGAAUCAAGCUGUGGGUCUUGACUGGUGACAAAGUCGAGACAGCCAUCAACAUCGGCUUCUCAUGCAAUCUCUUGGACAACGAUAUGGAGCUCAUUGUCUUCAACAUUCCUAGCGACCAGCCGCAACGGGCGUCGCAAGAGCUCGACAAACAGCUAGAACGCUUCGGAAUGACCGGAUCCGAUGAAGAGUUGAUUGCUGCACGAGGCGACCAUAGGCCACCCGCCGCAACGCAUGCCGUUGUCGUCGAUGGCGAAACUCUCAAAUUGAUGCUCGAUGAAGACCUAAAGCAGCGCUUCCUCUUGCUGUGCAAGCAGUGCAAAUCGGUCUUAUGCUGUCGGGUGAGCCCUGCACAAAAGGCAGCAGUCGUUCGCAUGGUGAAAAAUGGACUAGAUAUCAUGGCCCUCUCCAUCGGAGACGGUGCCAAUGAUGUAGCCAUGAUUCAGGAAGCAGAUGUUGGUGUCGGAAUUAUUGGUGAAGAAGGUAGACAGGCUGCCAUGUCAUCUGACUAUGCCAUUGGACAAUUCCGCUUCUUGCAGCGUCUUGUUCUCGUUCACGGGAGGUAUUCAUACCGUCGCAUGGCGGAAACCAUCGCAAAUUUCUUUUAUAAGAAUUUGGUCUGGACCCUCGCGCUCUUCUGGUACUCCAUCUAUAAUGAUUACGAUGGCUCGUACCUCUUUGAUUACACUUACAUUGUACUUGUCAACGUUGCUUUUACGUCUCUCCCUGUGAUCCUGAUGGGCAUCUUCGACCAAGAUGUUGAUGACAAGGUGUCCUUAGCCGUGCCCCAGCUCUAUAUGAGAGGUAUCGAGCGAAAAGAAUGGUCGCAGCUCAAGUUCUGGCUUUAUAUGGCUGAUGGCUUGUAUCAGUCGAUUAUCUGCUUCUUCAUGCCAUACCUGCUUUACAGCCCUGCAACAUUCGUGCAUCACAAUGGCCUGAAUAUCAAUGACCGAACGCGUAUGGGUGUCCUGGUUGGCACCAGCGCUGUUUUGGCAAGCAAUGGAUACAUUUUGAUGAAUUCCUACCGAUGGGAUUGGCUGACAGUCAUGAUCAACGUCAUCAGCUCCCUCCUUAUCUUUCUCUGGACCGGAAUUUACUCUUCACUCGAGGCUUCGACCACUUUCCUUCACGCCGGUCUCGAAGUUUACAGUGCGCUGUCAUUCUGGGUUGUCCUAUUGCUCACCGUCAUGAUAUGCUUACUGCCUCGGUUCGCUGUGAAGUCCUUCCAGAAAGUUUUCUUUCCGCUUGAUGUGGAUAUCAUACGCGAGCAGGUCUCUCAAGGAAAGUUCAAGUUCUUGGACCAGUACGAGGCUUAUGUUCCACCACGAGCAGCUGAAAAAGCGGCAGCAGCAGCUGUCGCUUUCAGCGACGAGUCAUCGACUUCUUCAGAUUUAGUGAAGCCGAUUCAGCCAACUGUGAAGCACGAUCCCUUUUCAGAUGAACAGCAGAUAUUUUCACCGUCUUAUCCCCCGACCAUGCGCACGCACAAGUCACACACCAAGAAUGGCAGCACUGGGACAAUCUAUGCCUCUAGUCUUGACACUACCGGACUACCUCAUCCUCAGCCAGUGGACUAUAUUCAUUACGCACCAGAGCGAACGCGACAUUCAUUUGAUCGGGUACCACCAACGUUCGAGGUAAACCAGGACUACCAUCAAUCUGAAUACCCCAGAAUCCAAGAACCCGAUAGCCCCCUCAAAGGCCCUCAUGAUCCUCCAUUGCAUGCGAUUUGAUACCACACAAUUUACUCCGUACAUAUAUCGAUUCUCUUACAUUUUCCGCUUCUGCUUUUUACAACAGCCGUGCUUCUGGAGGCGCCACAAGGCACUUUGUCGACUUCUCUGUCCAUACGUUCAGUUUCUUCUGCUUUCAUUGUCUAACGAGUAGAUUACCCCAUAUUCCACGAUAGACGGCGUUUUGAUACCGCGGUUAAACAUUCCGGCGCAAUCGGCUUGCUUCACCUCCUC